AUGUUUGCCCUUUUAUCUCCACCGACUCCUGCAGCUAUUGGAAAGAUGGUUGGGUGCGGUGAAAAUUUAAAAGGACCAUUUUUAUUUAAUCAUGAACAUGAUCCAGAACAACAAAACAGCCAAAGUACAACUAAUAUUUUGACUCCAUUACCUCCUGAAAAUCCAAAUAGCACCGACAAUAUAGAUACUGCUGAUACACCAAACGAUACUAAUGAAAAUGAUACCGCUGAAAUUCAAAAUGAUGCCGAUGAAAUUGAGAUUGAAGAAAAUCCUAAUUCAGGCAAUAGUAGAACCCAAAAAAAUCACCAGGCUAAUAAUAAGAAUCAUCGUAAAAAGUUUUUAUUUGGCAAAGCUGCCCGUACAAUUCUACUUAAUUGGCUUAUUUCCCACCAGGCAUAUCCAUAUGCAAGUAAGGAAGAUGUUAUACAGCUUGCUAUACAAACAGGACUAACAGAAUUCCAAAUCAAAAGAUGGCUUAUUAAUGCUAGAAAUAGAAAGAAAAUUCUAUUUCCUUCCUCGUCAAAGAAAUCUUACAGAAAGAAGGGACAACACUCCAAAAGAGACUAUUUUAUCUUGCCAGGACCACCGAAUUAA